UUUGCCUAUUAAAAUCUUAGAAGUUUCUAAAGUAGAAGACUUUGAAACAGAAUUAAAAGAUUCUAUAAAAGAAUUAAAAGAUUCUAUGAAGGAAAUUAAGGAAUUAAAAGAUUCAAUGAAGGAAUUAAAAGAUUCUAUAAAGGAAAUAAAAACAAAUAGCUGA